CUUGUGGUCUAAAACCGAAGGAGAAAAGAAACAAUGAAGUGAAGUUCUCCGCCAUUUUUUCUACCACAAAGGCAGGAAGUGUAAACUGAGGAACUGGCAUGGCCACUGUAGCAACAAGUGGAAUAGGAGCAGGGUUAACAAAGCUCCAAGCAAACAAAGCAAAGCACAACAAAUCCCUCUUUCUGGGCCAUGGAUUCAGAAUCAAACCUUCUUCUCUACCAUGCAGCAGUAGAAAGCAGCCUCCUUUUCAAGUGUUUGCAUUAGGUGGUGGUGGUGGAAGUGAAUGGGUUCUUGAUUCCAUUCACAACCUCUUUGUGGGUGUUGGGGUUGGUCUCCCUUGCACUGUGAUGGAGUGUGGGGACAUAAUUUAUAGGAGCACACUACCAAAGUCAAAUGGGUUGACUCUUACAGUUCCUGGUGCGGUUCUUGCUUUGAGUGCUCUUUCUUAUCUUUGGGCCACACCUGGGGUUGCACCUGGUUUCUUUGACAUGUUUGUUCUUGCUUUUGUUGAGAGAUUGUUCAGACCCACUUAUAGAAAGGAUGACUUUGUUGUGGGCAAGAAGUUAGGGGAGGGAUCCUUUGGAGUAGUUUAUAGAGCAACACCGUCCAAGCCCUCUUCAAUGGAAGGUGACUUAGUCUUGAAGAAAGCUACUGAAUAUGGUGCCGUAGAAAUUUGGAUGAAUGAGCGCGUACGGAGGGCGUGUGCAAGCAGCUGCGCAGAUUUUCUAUACGGGUUUCUUGAGAGCUCUUCAAAGAAAGCUCCUGAAUACUGGCUUAUAUGGCGGUUUGAAGGGGAUGCUACCCUAGCUGACUUGCUGCAGAGUAGAGAAUUUCCAUACAAUGUUGAAACAUUAAUUCUGGGUGAGGUUCAGGACUUGCCGAAGGGAGUUGAAAGAGAAAACAGAAUUAUUCAAACAAUCAUGAGGCAACUGUUGUUUGCAUUAGACGGUCUUCACUCAACUGGCAUUGUGCAUAGGGAUAUUAAGCCACAGAACAUUAUUUUUUCUGAAGGGUCGCGAACAUUCAAAAUCAUUGAUCUUGGAGCUGCUGCAGAUCUGCGAGUUGGCAUUAACUAUAUUCCCAAGGAGUUUCUCUUGGAUCCAAGAUAUGCCGCACCAGAGCAAUAUAUCAUGAGCACACAAACUCCAUCUGCACCCUCGGCUCCUGUAGCAACUGCACUCUCACCGGUUUUAUGGCAGUUGAAUUUGCCCGACAGAUUUGAUAUCUAUAGUGCUGGUCUGAUCUUUCUUCAAAUGGCAUUCCCGGGUUUACGCACCGAUAAUGGCCUUAUACAAUUCAACCGUCAAUUAAAGAGGUGCGACUAUGACUUGGUUACUUGGAGAAAAAGCGUAGAGCCUCGAUGUGGCCCUGAACUUAGGAGGGGCUUUGAUUUGUUGGAUUUAGAUGGUGGAAUAGGAUGGGAACUUCUGACAUCAAUGGUUAGAUACAAAGCAAGGCAAAGGCUGAGCGCAAAAGCCGCAUUGACUCAUCCUUUCUUCGAUAGAGAAGGUUUGUUGGCACUGUCUUUCAUGCAAAAUCUGAGGCUGCAGCUCUUACGAGCGACUCAGCAGGAUUACGGAGAAGCUGCCAAGUGGGUCACUGAGCUAAUGGCAAAAUCAGGAACUGAGAAGGAUGGUGGAUUCACUGAAGCUCAGCUCCUUGAACUAAAAGAAAUUGAACCCAAGAAGAAGAAGAAGGCUAAUGCACAGAGAAACGCUCUAGCUUCUGCACUUAAACUUCAGAGGAAAAUCAUUAAAACCUUAAAUGAGAGUAUGGAUGAGCUCAGCAGACGCAGGAAAAGCAUUUGGUGGAGCAGGUGGAUCCCAAGAGAGGAAUGAGAAAUUGUAAAUACUUUUAUAUAUGCUCAGUUUUUUAUUUUUAAAAUUUUGUCUAUAGUUUGUAUAUCAACAUUAAUUAUAAUGUUCAGAUAGAAAAAAAAAAUUGUUUGUUGUGUAUUUAAAAAUAAAAGACACGAGACUAACUGGAAUACUACAUUACUUUUGCCAUCAACUAACUGGAAUCUUAUGGAUGCAAUUGCAAGCAUGCUUGGAUUCUUUUAACCGUUCGGGCAGACAUGCAUUUGGUUAUA